CGGACACUGGCGCGGGCCCUGGGGCCGCGCCCGAGGCGGGGGCAACCGCUUCAACCCCUGGAGCUGGGGCUGGGGCGACCGCGGGGGCCGCUGCCGCGGGGGACGGCGCUGCUGCCACGACCACGAUAGCGACAGCGACAAUGACAAUGACGACGGCGCCGGCGGCGGCAUCAGCGCGGACGAGGAGAUGCGCGACGCCGCGACGCCGCGGGCUGGCGGCGGCGGCGGCAUCGGCGAGCACGACCCCGAGAAGGAGGGCACGCCCGGCACGCUGCGCGACUCUCCCGACGGCGACGACGGCGGCGAGCACCCGGACCCGCCGGAGGAGAUCCCGAGUCUCGGGCGGGGACAUCGUCGUGGGGGGUGCCACCGCCGUGGUGGCCCCGCCGGCGGCGGCGGCGGCGGGUGUGGGCGGGGUAGAGGCUUCCACGGACGGGGCCAUGGCCAUUGCCAUGGCCGUGGUCGUGGUCAUGGCCACCACCACCGCGGGCCUCCCCCGGCUUACAACGACGGCGCGGGCGCGAGCCCGUUCGAUUUCCGCGGCCUGAUGCAGGCCUUUUCGAACCACCCGUUCGCUCAGCAGGUGCGCGAGCAGGUUGAGCGAGCGCGCGCGGCCGCGGCCGGGCGGCGUGACGAAGAGGAGGAGGGUUACGGCGAGGGGGGCGCGUUCGACGCCGACGCCGAGACGUUUGUGCCGCCGGUGGACGUGUUUGACGGGGCUGGGGCGUGGACGGUGCACGUGGCGCUGCCGGGGGCGAAGAAGGAGGACGUUGGCGUCAGCUGGGACGCGGCCAAGUCGUCGCUGGCGAUCAGCGGCGUCGUCUAUAGGCCCGGCGAUGAGGCGUUCCUGUCGGGCCUCGUGGCGGGCGAGAGGAAGGUCGGGCUGUUCCAGCGGAAGGUGAAGCUGCCGCCGGCUAGGUCCGCGGAGAAGGAGGAGGUCGAUGAGGAGGGCAUCGUGGCGAGGAUGGAGGACGGCGUCCUGAUAGUGGUCGUCCCCAAGGCGGAGAAGGACUGGACUGAGAUCAAGAAGGUCGAUGUCUUGUAAGGGGCCAGGGGC